AUGAUCAUUUUUGGAGAUGAUGUUGAUGGUAUCUCUGAUCUUAAAGCAUCCCUUCACCAUACUUUUGAGAUGAAAGAUCUUGGUUCUCUCAGUUAUUUUCUUGGCCUUGAAGUCAUAUCCAUAGAUGAUGGUAUCUAUCUCUCUCAAGCUAAGUAUGCUUCGGAUCUUCUUGCUCGAGCCGACAUUACAGAUAGUCAUACUGAGUCUACUUCUCUUGAGCCUAAUGUUUGGUUUACUCUUAUAGAUGACACUGUUUUGGAUAAUCUUACUCUUUAUCAACAGUUAGUUGGAGGUCUCGUUUACUUGACUGUCACACGACCGGACAUCGCCUAUCUAGUUCAUGUUCUUAGCCAGUUCUUGUCGGCUCCUCGUGCUACUCACUAUGCGGCAGUUCUUCGCAUUCUUUACUACAUUAAAGGCACUCUAUUUCAUGGCCUUUAUUUUUUUGCCCAUUCAUCUUUAACCUUUCAAGCGUACUCAGAUGCUGAUUGGGCUAGUGAUCCCACUGAUCGUCAUUCUACUAUUGAUUAUUGUUUGUUUCUUGUUGACUCUCUCAUUUCAUGGCGAGUCAAGAAGCAAAUGUUCAUUGCUCGAUCAAGUAUCGAAGUUGAAUACUAUGCUCUCGCUGACACCAUUGCUGGGGUUGUCUCGAUUCGUUGGCUUCUCGAAAACUUGGGUGCUCCUCAAUCCUCCCUAACUGACAUUUUUUAUGACAACUACAGUGCUAUUCUAAUUGCCCAUAAUGAUGUUUUUCAUGAACGCACCAAACACAUUGAGAUUGAUUGUCACUUUGUCUGGCAACGUCUCCUUAUUGAUGUUGUUCGUCUCAUAACUGUUGGAACUUUAGAUCAGACUGCUGAUAUCUUCACGAAAACAUCAUCCUACUCGUUUUCGGACUCUAGUAUCCAAACUCAAGAUGGUAUUCUUAGCUCGCACUUGAGUUUGAAGAAGAAUGUUAAAGUAUAA